GACGCCAAACCAGACUAAUUGCCGGCCAGUUCUGAAAGCGCUUGAUUAAUGAUAAGAUGUGAUCUCUGUGACACAAUAGUGUUGCUGAGCCCAAAUUGCUUGUGUAAGAUGUGUGCUUGUCGGUUAAGUGAAUAGUGUAUCCUUGGUGCGUACGUCGACCUGCAAGUGAACUGAUUUGACCUGGGACACGUGUAUUCAGCGGAAUCGAUCACGAUUAGAGGAGGAGUUAGGAAGAAUUAGGCGAGAGGAAAAUAUCCGGGACGUUAUUUCUCUCAGGUCACCUAAUCCCCUGUUAAUGAUUCUGUGUUUUGUCUGGAAAUGUCAUUUUCGUGAAUGGCGGUUUUCCAUCAGGUCACUGAAGACGUGAUAACGAGUUCCAAGACGUGGCGGUCAUCGCAAGUAUUUUAGGGUGAGGCUACCUACCCUUUAAGGCAAAACUUCUACGGAAUUACAGUUGGACUGCACUUCAGAAUGUUGUUGCAGGUACCUACGUGACUUCCCACAUUCCGUUACUCGAAAGUAAAUGCUACUAAGGAUGGUAAUGAGCACAGCAGACGCCCUAGAGAUGAAGGCGAAGAGAGACCUUCACUACCACUACCACCACCAGCGGCUGCAGCAGGAGAAGGAGGAGGAGGAGGAGGCUUCCAAGGAGCCUCUGCUGAGGAGGUGGAGUAGGAGUGGAGCAAACAUCGCCUGGGUCACCGGUGGGAGGAGGAGUAGGAGUAGGAGGAGGUGUUGGAGGGGGGAGAGCCUCGCCUCCAGGAAGUGGACCGGCAGUAGGGAGAGGAGGAGUUGGAGGAGGAGGAGGAGAAGGGUAGGGGAGGAGGAGGGUGAGUGGGGGGAGGAGGUGGAGGUGUUAGCCCCCAGCAGUAGCAGAAGCAGCAGGGAAGGCCGCAUUAAACAAGUACCCACCGCAAGGCGUAAGAUUAUGAACCGCGUCAUGUACUACUGCCGUUCUACCGCAGCCUCCUCCUCUCCUUCCUCCUCCUCAUAAUCCUCCUCUCCUCCAACUCCUCCUCCUCCUCCUCCUCCGUCUCCAAGGCUGGGCUCCUACUCAUGGCCGCCCUGGUCUUCUCUUCGCACGUUCAUACAGUAAGAGCGGCUGAUGAAUACGACUCCCUGCUGGAGAUCUCCGACAUUCUGCCGGAGGACGCCAAGAGCUACGACAAGAUGCGGCCUCCUUCUCAAGGGAGUCCUACCAUGGUCUACUUCCACGUCACCGUGAUGAGUUUGGACUCCAUCGACGAGAGCUCCAUGACGUACGCCGCAGACAUAUUCUUCGCGCAGAGCUGGAAGGACCACAGGCUCCGUUUCCCCCAAAACAUGACGGGGGAGUACCGCCUGCUGCCGGUGUCCUGGCUGAAGGACAUCUGGCGCCCCGACGCCUUCUUCAAGAACGCCAAGUCCGUCAUCUUCCAGACCAUGACGAUCCCCAACCACUACAUCUGGCUCCAUCUCGAUUCCACCAUCCUCUACAUGGUCAAUCUCCCACACGACGGACGACCUGAUUUUCGUGUGGGAUCCGUUGGUGCCCCUGGAGGUCGACGACAGGAUCGAGCUGCCCCAGCUCGACUUGGUGUCGAAUGACACGGGCGACUGCACGCAGGUGUAUUCGACAGGUAACUUCACCUGCCUGGAGGUGGUCUUCACGUUCAAGAGACGCCUCGGGUACUACCUCUUCCACACCUACAUCCCUACUUGCCUCAUCGUCAUCAUGUCCUGGAUAAGCUUCUGGAUCAAGCCGGAGGCCGUGCCCGCCAGGGUCACGUUGGGCGUGACCUCGCUUCUGACCCUAUCGACCCAACACGCCAAUUCGCAAAAGUCGCUUCCGCCUGUGUCCUAUAUAAAGGCGAUCGACAUGUUCAUGUCGUCCUGUACCGUCUUCGUGUUCUUGUCGCUGAUGGAGUACGCGAUGGUCAACGUCAUCCUCGGGGACAUGGUGGACCAGAAACCGCAGCCGGAGAACUUCAUGCAGCGAAUCUCCAGGAAGCUCACCAUCAGGAGGCAGAGGAGUCACAGCGACAGGAGGAGGAGCUGCAACGAAUCCACCAUCCAGGAGGCGGAAAACGGCGGCCUUCAGGAACCGCCCCCCACCAGCAGCAGCCAUCGUCAGGAUCCCCACGCCCACCACAACCCAUUCCCAAGUCGGGCGUGCCUACCCCAAGGGCCCCCUCCACCGCUCCACCACCACCACCCACCGCCGGUCUCCGAGGCUCCCCCGGUACACAUGAUGCCCAAACUGGGUCCGGUGGCGGGCCCCUCCAUGUCCCGGACGAUGGCCGCGGAACUGAAGGAGGCCCGGGAGAAGGCCAUCCUGGUGGACAGGUUCUCGAGGAUAGCCUUCCCCGUCAGCUUCACCCUCUUAAAUCUAUUGUAUUGGGCAGUUUACUUCGAGUGGUAGGAGAGAGAAAGAGAAUCCAGUGACGCUUUCUUAAGGAUACCCCUUCCUCUUGUUUUCAUUUUUGACAUAAUCCGAAGCGCCCAACGCGAACAUUUUGGUCUAAACGGGACUGUGUUUGACACACGUAUACUCAUAAGGUCUUCUUCAUUUGUGAUUCAUCUCAGUAGGUAAUCCCUCCCCCUCCCCCUCCCCCAUGAGAGUGUUUUAUGUAUACCGUACGUAUAUCCACCUCUGAAUGAUUAGUAGGACAGAUUUGUUCGGUGUAUUUAUCGUCCGCUACUCACUCUCCAUAACAAGUGUCAGUAACUGGAAAUUUGCGUAGGUUUAAUGUUCACGCCGCAGCAGCUCACCGCAAGGCUGUUAUUUUAUAUAACAUAAUACAUGCAUUUGUAUUUCAUUUCCUUCCCCCUUGCUUUCAAACGACCGUGUACGCAGUAGCUGCCAUUUCUUAGAGAAGUUGCACCUGGCGAUAGAUGUUUUCUCACAAAGGAAAAACUUAAAAUAAAAAGGCCUUUAUUCCUCAUUGUUCUACGCUGGCUUCUGCCCCCAAGAACGCUUGUGCAAAGAUGGCUAAAUCAUUCGUAUGCAUGGAGAAUCCCAAGCUUGGUUUCGCGCGCAGAAAGGUGACUUCAGAGCCCCUGGGCAUUUGGGGGCUUUUCAAAAGAGGAUUAAGUUACCACAGUCCUUCACACGGCCCUCUGUAGUGCGAUGAUAGAAGGCAUUUCCGAGCUAGGUCAGAAUGCAGCCAUAUUGGAUUCUUCCUCUUGCAUUCAAUGAGAGAUAUCUCACAACAUUCGCUGUAGGCAGGAGUUAAAAGGUAAUUGCACUUUUUUUCCCCUCUCGCGAACCCAUCGCCAAAGACAGCUUUCCUUGCUCUGCACGAGGCCCCAUUCAUCAUUUUCAACGAGUAGCGAGUCUCAGAAUUUGUACGUCUCAGCCCCAAUAACCUGCCAUUUUCAUUUAUUCACUUCAGUGAUACCUAUUCUCAGUCUGAUCAAGGAUCCGCUUCGCCAAAUUCAUGGAGACAACGCAACUCCUCCUGCUAAAGGUAUACAAGUAAUAGUUAGAAUCCGCGAAUGUUUGGAACUCCUAUAAAAACGCUAAAAACAGCCUAUUUUGUUAGUUAAAACUCUAGAAAAACCCACUAAAAAUGUUCAUACUUGGUUUUUUUAAUAUUUUUAUCACAAAAAGUGCAUUUUAUGAUGAAAUUGAUUUAAAAAAAAAAAAACAGGAAUUUGUGGAUAUUUCUCAUAGAAAAAUACAGCGAAUGUGCUCAUUUUCCGCGAAUAAUGCGGGGAAACAUUCCCGAGAGAAAUCUGCAAAUGUGUGAGUCAGCGAAUCCAGAGAACUCGAAUACGGGGGUCCACUGUAUUACCAAAAGGCACAAAACACGUUAGGAACCAAUGCUAGGGGUUCAGCCUUCAUUUUCCCCCUUCGCCGGCGUCUUGCUUUUACAAAAAUGUGCUUUACUCUAAUGGAAACAUGUCAGAAAAUCAGCCUCGUAUGGGAAUGCAUAUGCUGUAUAUUCUGUGUAACGUAUUCCUGGGUUCUUAUAUUAACUCCUGCACAAGCAGAGCUGUGCUUUGGUGUUUAGCAUCCAGCUACUGAGUGGUAUAUGAGGAAUCAAAAAGGGUGGGUUUGGAGUUUAUAUAUAUA